AUGCGGUAUGCCGGAAGUGAGAAAGCGGAGCUGGCUCGCAUGUCCUUGCACCCAGAUCCCCGGGGCGAGUCCAGCCUGAGCCUGGAGCUGCGCCGGCUCCUGGCGGGCGUGUCCGGAGCCUCGUCCGGCAGGGGCAACCUGUCCGGGCUGCUGGCCCUGCUGGCCCCGCUGGCGGCCCUGCCCAUCAUCGCCGGCACCGCCCUGCCGCUCACCAUGGCGCCCAUGCUCAUACCGGCCAUGAGCACGGUGCUGGGACGACGGCGCCGCAGGGACCUGCUUGGCAACUUCCUCGGAAACGGAGCCGGAGGCGUGGCGGUGGCAGCCGAGCAACAGGAUGAAGUGCUGGCUAGCUAUCUGCAGUGCAGCGGCAUGCUGGCCACCGACAACAGGUGCCUCGAGAGACUCGCCUGCCAGUUCUCGGCCAACGCCUUGGCACCCAUGGAGAAAGACGUGGCCUCUCUGAUAAUUUACACGCUGCUCAAGAACCGCUUCAUCGAGGAACGCUUCAAGAGGCGCCUCCGAGACGCUGCCCAGAUGGGCAAGGUGCGUCCCGGCACCUGCCGCAAGGACUUCGUCUGCAAACGCCGGAGGCGUCAGCAAGCGCACCAACUAACCUCUCUUCGAAACUGAUGGCACAU